AUGGGCAACGCCAGCGGCAGGGAGGAGGACGCCGCCGCGCCCGGGGAGGCCGACGCCGCCGACGUCGACGUUGAGGACGGAGGCGACGACUCCUCGGCCCGCGGCUUCCCUCCCUACGGCGGAGGCGCCAACCACGUGCGCCGUGCGUGCUCGGUGGGCGUCGUGGGGGCCAGCGGCGGGCCCGGAUCGCCGCCCGGGAGCCCCGGCCGCUCCCUCUCGCCGCGGAUGUUCGUGCCCCAGACACCUGUACCUCCAUUGCAAAGACCUGCUGAUGUAACUCCAGUGUUCAAUGAAAUACUGAUGAAUGAACAAGAAGAAGAAUUUGAUGGCCCUCCUCAAAAGGAAAUACCUGCUUUGGUUGUUUGGACUCUCGGAGGAAAGAAUGUAUCUGUUGAAGGAUCCUGGGAUAACUGGAAAUCAAGGAAACCAAUGCAGAAAUCUGGAAAAGAUCAUUCUCUUCUGUUGAUCCUUCCUUCUGGAGUUUAUCGUUAUAGAUUUGUUGUAGAUGGAGAGAGAAGAUGUUUUCCUGACCUUCCAUGUGAAACUGACGCCAUGGGCAAUGCUGUUAACCUUCUUGAUGUUCAUGAUUUUGUUCCUGAAAGUGUUGAAAGUGUAUCAGAAUUUGAGGCUCCUCCAUCUCCAGAAUCUAGCUACAGUUUCCUGGCACCCGAGGAAAAGGACUUUGCGAAGGAGCCACCUGCUCUUCCGUCUCAGCUUCACCUCGGCGUUCUUAACUCACAGAACUCAGAGGAAAUAUGUGCACGGCCCCAGCACAUCGUCCUCAACCACCUUUUCAUUGAGAAGGGUUGGGGUGCCCAUCCGCUGGUGGCUCUUGGUGUAACCCACAGAUUUGAGUCCAAAUAUGUAACGGUCGUCUUGUACAAGCCCAUAGAACGAUAG